CAUCCUCCUCCUCCUCCCCGGUGCCGUGCACCCUCAGCCCGCCUCCUCCUGCCGCCGCUUCCGCUCUCCGCGGUGCGUAGCGAGGGGAAGGGCGGGGAGGCACCGCCCCGGCCCCGCCGCCCCGCGGGACCCGCCGCCGCCGCCGCGCAGCUACUAGCACUCCUUGGAGGCGAUGGACCACUCAGCGGAUGCAUCCGGUCCCCUGGAAGACUCUGAUAUUGGGUCACAGAAAGAGAGAGUGGUAACUGAGGAGGAAUGGCUACAAAAAUGGGAAAUGGGUAACAUCGGGUUUCACAAGGAACAAGGGCAUCCGCUCCUCCAGAAGUAUCUGGAUGUUCUUUUAAAUGGCAGAAGUGGACUGCGGAUAUUUUUCCCACUUUGUGGUAAAGCAGUAGAGAUGAAAUGGCUGGCGGACAUGGGACACAACGUUGUUGGUGUGGAAGUCAGCGAGCAAGCACUGAAGGAAUUUUUUUCAGAACACAGUCUGCCUUAUUAUGAGGAGCCAGUCCCAGAGAUUUCAGGAGGAAAAAUGUUCCAGAGUACCUCUGGCAACAUUUCCCUGUACUGCUGCAGUAUUUAUGAUUUGUCCAGCUCAAUAGUUGGCAAGUUCGAUGGAGUUUGGGACAGAGGAGCUCUUGUAGCUGUGAAUCCAUGUGACAGACAACGCUACGCCAGUUUGAUGAUCAACCUAAUGGAGAAGAAUUCUUCUUAUCUCCUUGUUACAGUUUCAUAUGAUCCAAACAAACACAAAGGCCCCCCAUUUUAUGUUCCUGAAUCUGAAAUUAAAAGCUUGUUUGGUAACUGCUGUGAAAUUCAGUGUCUUGAAAAAGUCGAUGACUUCUCAGAAAGGCACAAACGAUGGGGACUAGAUUAUUUUCUGGAGGUGCUAUAUAUACUAAAGUUUGUAUCUUGAUUAAAAUUAAUCAAAAUAACUUGCCUCCCA